AUGAACAACAAAAGGAGAAAAUACAACCCGAGUGGUAAGCCCGAUGGGGAAGACCCUCGGCAGGACAGGCCCCCAAUGGAGGGUCAUCCGACCAUCGGUUACGACAAUAAAAAAAUGAGGAGAGGUCUGUACGGCGCGUCGGAAAGGACCGCCAAGAGUGGCGGAAACAUGGGGGGAAACAGUGGCGCCAGCAUGGGGGGCUUAUACAGCGGAGAGACCUCCGGUCUUAACCACUUAACGGACGAGACAUACCCGCCAAAGUACACCCUCUACUCGAGUCAGGGAAAUAUCAAAGCACACCCCAAUCGAAAUGCCCCCAUGGCAAAUAACUCACUUAACAAAUGGCCCAAUGCGAACCCAGGUAGUGACUUCUCUCCUCAUAACAUGUAUGCCAACAAUGAAAAAAAAAAGGAUAACUAUAAUAGGAGUAAAAAUUUUAUGAAUAUGAAUCAUCCAAACUUUAAUUCGUAUAGCCAUUCCAACAUUUGGACGAACGUCAGGAGGAUGGGAGGUGGACAAAAUGUGUCUCGAGAAAAUGGGAAGAAACAAAAGAUGAAAAGUGAGAACGAGGUGGGGGGUGCCUGUCCGUAUGACAGUGGCGACCCGAUUGGCGAGCCGAUUGGCGAGCCGAUCGGCAACCCGAAUGACGUCCCAAAUGUAAACAGCACCAGCAGUAGGGCCGUUCCGAUGAUCGGGACGACCCACGGCAACCACGGCAACAGCCUGAGUUACAAAAAAAUGAACACCUUGUCAUGCUCCAAAAGUGCCAACUUUGAAAAGGCAUCGACAAAAAAGUAUAGCAAUAAAUUUUACCCCAACAUGACUCUGUCGAAUUUGAGUGACAAAGCGGACAAGGAGGAGGUGGAUAACGUAAACGUUAAGGAGAAAAAGAACAAAUUUGAGUUAGGAAAAAAUCGAAUUUUCUUUCAGAACAAGAAGUGGUUUGGCCGUGGCAACACGAAUGGUAAAGGUAUAGGUGGGGGGUUGGGUAUCCACAAGGGGGAGUCGUCCUCCAGUGGUAUGAUGGACGCUGAUGUGAGGGGAGGUUCCCCAGAGCAGUGGGGCCCCAAUAUGGGCGGUCCCAACCUGAGCGAUCCCAAUGUCAGCGGCACUAACGUGAGCAGUACCAACCUUAGCAGAAAUAACGUUAGUGGCGCCACCCCGGGAGCUGUCCCCCCCCAGGAGAGAGCACACAUUUUAGAAAUGCUCUCCAAAUGUCUGAAGUCGGUAGGAAACGAAGGAACGGCGGACCUCAGCGCAAUAUACAACGCGCUGACGAAAAAUAAAAGCAAAGAGUCCUUGAUGAGCCUGCUGGAUAACAUAAAGCUUUUGGAGGAGGCAUCCAAAGGGAUGCUGCCACCGGGUGGGGGAGUCACUGGAGAAAGUUCGAUUGGCGGGGCCACUGGAGAAAGUUCAGUGGCCAGUCCGAACGACAACGUGGAGAGUGGGGCGAUGGACGAAAGAAAGAACAAAGUCAAAUUUGUAAGUAGCUCAUUUAAUGGAUCAUCCAGCAUGUUAACCAAUACGGUGAGCGGUCAAAUGGGUGCCAGUGGGGAAGGGGGACCUUCAGGGUUUAGCCGUCGUGGAGGCAUUCGCGAUGUUGGUGCUGCCACUCAAGUUAACCAUCCACGCUACGACAAUAUUAGACGUCACAAAAGGGACACAUCAAAUGCCAGAUGCGAGAGUCCGCCGCAGAUGGGUCUCCAGAAUGGCCUUGACCCUCCGGGGGAGUCCAGUCGGAGUCAGGGGAAUGAGGCAGCCCUGGAGUUGGACGGAAUUUGCGGAAGGAGGGACCAAGCGGAAAGGCUCACAGGAGGGGGAAGCGACAUAGAGGCAGCAAAUGCAGCCAGGACAGCCAACCCAACAGAUGCUUCCAAGUCUGCCGACCUCGAUAGCCGCUUGCCCAGGGUGGCCCUGUUCAGGCAGCUCGGAAAGGACCACAGCACAUGGGAGAAGUGGAAGGACGCAGUGGCCAAAUGCAACGAUCAGAAAAUACAGGCCAAUUUUGAAAAAAUGGAAGAGAGCAUAAAGAGUAACCUCAAAAUUAAGGAAAUUUUUAAAGCGAGCCUUUUCUAUAGUGACAGCAGACACAUGUACAAAAAGGCGCUGUAUAAAAAUUACGAACAGAUAUGGCUACACAGUGGAAGAUUCCUUCAGUUGGAGAACAUUUUUCACUUUGGAAAGGGGAAGGAAAAGAAGAAGGAGAAAGAGACAAACAUAAUCGAAUGUGCGAUGAGCGGUUCCAUUCCGUUUAGCGGUUUUUUACAGUUUUUUAACAAUUUUUACGAAAUUACAGAGAGUUAUCAAUACAGAAUUUGCUUCUUCCUGAUUUAUAAAAUAAUGAUUAUGCAUGAGGAGGAUGAAGAGUAUGGACGGUACUACAAUUUAAUCAUUAAUAUGCUGAGUGGGAAGACGUUGAUUUUUUUUCUUCUCGUGUUGAUUAACCUGAUGCGGAAGUACUCCUUGAAGAUGGUUUACUUUGUGAAUUUCAUCGAGAGGUUGCUUCCGGUGGUAACGAAGGGAUCGCGUCUCUCUGCAUGGGCAAAGGGCACGGCAGCAUCUUCCCGAGGUGCCGUCUCCAAUGGGACAGACAAAGGGAUCCUUUUCAACAUCCUUUUUUUUAAGCUAUUUAGAUUAAUAUUUUAUCGAAUCGAAUUAUUCUCCACGCAGAAGAAGCACCUGCUGAUGCUGUUCCUAAGGUACAUAAAGAACUUCCUCCUUAACAUCUGCUCCUCCAUUUUGAUCACACAGUACCUCUUUAUAAAAUGCGUAGACCUUAUGAAUAAGUAUAACAACCAGCAGUACAUUUUGAUUAAGACCACCUCCAUGGAAAUAUUUUUGCAACUAUGGAACAACGAUUUUUUGAAGUUGUACAUUUUGAAGAUCGGAAGUCCUCUCCUUCGCUUCCUCAUCUUUAUGAGCAAUGUAGAGUAUGUGAAUAAGAAUAUUUUCCCCCUCAUUUUGACCCCCAUUGAGAAUGCUAAUCAGAUGGAAAUCAGGGAUGCCCUCCAGGGGAUGCUACACACGAGUAGCUAUUACACACAGGGAAGGAAGAGGUGGAAGCAUUACUAUAGGAAGUUCCAACGGACAAAUAAGUGUUCCCUUUGGGUGAGGAGUUACGGCGUUGAUGAGGUUCAGGAGGUUGUUCUGGUGGAAGCGGAAGAGUCGGAGGAGGAGCAGCAGCAGAAGCGGAAGCAAGAGGAGAAAAACUCCGUGAUAGAGGUACCCUCUGGGGGCACCCUCCGCCCUGAUCAAUGUGCAGACGUACGGACGGAUCUCCGAAACGAUACGCUGAUGGAACACAUCCUGCAAAUAGGAAGAAGUUACAACUACUACAAAAUUUUACUCCCUCCGGAUGAGAAAAGCUGCCUCAAUUUCAUGCUUCAUCUGAGGAACGGAAACAAUAACUUCCACUUUGAUCUCUUCUACAAUUUAUUCGUCGAGUCCAAUUUGGCCAAUUUGAUUCACGAGAAUAAGGUGAUAUAUUAUGUGGAGUAUAUCAAGAGGGGGGGGAGGAACGUGAAGGGGGAUGAACAGGAGAAGGACCAAGAGGAGGAACACCUCAUGAAAGGAAGUACAAUCAUACGUGGGCUGUACAGUUUAGUACGCGAAGGGGCGGAUGGGGGGUUCCACUCUGUUGCCCGGGACGCAAAGGAGAGUAGCUCCAUUAAUGAGGAACAAGCGGAACAAGCGGAACAAGCGGAACAAGCGGACCAGCCCGCCCCCCCCAAAGAACAACUCCUAUUCGACCUGCACGGGAUAAUCCAACGAAGAAACUGCGUGUUGUCCAAAAUAUACGGCGCGCACAUCAGGCUGAGUUUUUUUUUCGGCGUCUUCUUCUACAGAAGUCACGACAUUUAUAGGAUCCUUUCCAGCUCCCUCGGAACCUAUGCCAGAAAGUUUAAAAAUUUUAAAAAGGAGAAUCAGAAGGGGAUUAAAUUUAUGAACGUUAAUAACAUUACGCACAUUUUGACGGUCACGUUCCUGCUAAAGUUUUUGGCCCACGUGGGGAGGGGUAGCACAGGAGGUGGUAGUGGAGAGGGCACCAGCCCAGGGAGGCCAUCACCUCGGGGAGGUACACCCCCUUUUGCUGCCAUACUCGGGAGAGCCCCUCCCCGUUUGACAGCGGAGGAGGAAGACUUCCUCGCGUGCUACCGUCUCCUGGAGCACGCCCUGGGUAAAGACAUCAGCACCGCCAACACGUUCCUAAACUACCUGAACAAUGUGAUACUUUAUCUGCACGAAAGGAAAAGAGAGAACUUGGUGCUGAGCGCGAUCAUCACACUUACCAUUUAUAAUUUCUUAACUUUGAUUCAGAAGAAGCAAAAUCGAAUUGAAAAUCUGGAGACCCUCACUUUAAGUGAAAUUUGUAACGAAAUACAUAACAGCUGCCUCAUAGGGAUGCUACUCAGAGAAAAUAACUUCUUCAUUGACAGCGAGACGAAGUUUACGGAAGUGGAGGAUAUUUACUCGUUCGAGCUGAAGAACCAUAUGAAGUUCAUCCCAAAGGACAUUAACAGGGAGAUCUUCCAGUUGGUCUAUUUUAAAAAAUACGUUUUCCAGAGGGGGACAUACAAAAAAAUUGACAUUAUAAAGAUAGGCAGGCGGAACGCGGUGAACAAUCUGUACACAUCAGAGAUUCUUAACUACGUCUACUACAACACGUUGUAUGUUCUGAUCCAUUUAGUCUUGAACGUACAUUUUUAUGAGGCCAUCUUUAGGAGGACCUACAAGGGGAGAGGCGGUGAUGGUAGUACUAUUGACAGGGUUCUCCAGGUUCAUGGUGAGGGGACGUGGAGCUUUGUGCGUACUGGGGGAGCGUUCAAGCGGGGAAGGGAGGCAGAACAAGCGCGAAGGCACGAAGCGGGGGCGGACGAGGCGGGGACAACCCAGCCAAACUGGCAACGCCCCCUCACCAUAGUGAUGAGGAAACAAAAUGGGGACACAUACUGGAGGAAAAAAAGGCACAUUGUAAAAUUUUACAGAAAGGCCAAAAGAAAAAUCAUCAAAAAAUUGAAGACCUCCUUAGCUGCCAGCAAUGUAAAUAAAUUUAUGCGCAGUUUGGGGGAGGACAAAUUCUUCUUCAACCUUUUUUUCCAGUUUGAUAAUUCCCCCCUGUUUCUUCACUGGAUUUUGCUGGAGGGGGGUGCGCCUACCGAUGCGGUAACAGAUGCGGGAGAAGAUGGGGAAGCAAAUGUGGACGCAGAUGUGGACGCAGAUGUGGACGCAGAUGUGGGCGCAGAUGUGGACGAAAAUGCGGACGCAACUGCAGAUGCAAAUUCAAGUGCAAUUCCAAUUGCCCGUGCGAAGGCCUUGGGUGUGUCGGGGCCCAUGUUUUGCCCCCACGUGGACAUCCUGAAAGGGGUGGACAACUUCUGCCUCCUCGUUGAGGAGAUUAACAAGCUGAUUAGCUUUGUCACCCAUCGAGGGAAGGCCACGUGCGAAAUGGUGAAAUGCUCCUUUGCCAAUUUCCCUCUUGUCCUCCGUGAAGACAAUUUCAGCGUCCAGUUUCGCUUCUACACCAUUGUGUGGGGCGAUUGGGUGGUGCGUCACAGCAGAGAGCACUCCUCCGUUGGAGUGUCCACGAAUGGAUGGUGCGUCUCCUUCUCCUAUGGGGAGAAAGAUGACUGUUCCUUUCAUUUCAACGAAUUGAUAGACCGCGUGGUGAGUACAAUUGUAGACGCGAAUUACGCCAAGGAGAAGAUCGUGUGGUGGUCUGAAUUUUUUUACACCCUGGGGAAUUUCGGCGUGGUGAACUUCCAUCUGCUUUUUUAUUUCUGCUCCCUGGUGAGGGAACUUGCCAGGGGGGGUGCAAAAGUGGGCAAAGAAGAGGAGAAAAACGAAGGGUGUAAAGUGAGGAACGAAGAGGGGCAAGCUGCGGAGUACCUCGCGGGGGACAACUUCCCCCCCCGUUUCUCGCAUGCCCUGCGGAGGAAAGUUCAAAUCUGCGAGCAGAUAUACGUGCUGUACCUAUUCAGGAUAGGCCUGCUCCUCAACGUGAGCCUUUACGAAGCCUUCGACUUGCUAACUUCGUUAAUCAGUGCCGUUUUUAAUUUUGACUUUUUCCAAUUUUACAUGAACAAGAGGAAGUACCAUGUAGAGGAAGACACCCGGGGCGAAGUCCAAUCGUUUGUGAACAGUGUGAAAGAGGAAGCGAAGAAUAUUCUGACCAAUUACGAUGUUAAUGUUUUUAUAGAGAGCAUUAUCUAUGUAAGCGAUUGUGUCUUUCUUGUGAAGAGCGUAAAAUUUUUGAUUCUUAAGAGCUACUGCUUUGUUAAUGUCCUGUUGCAUGUGCUGUCCUUGAAGAAAGUAAUCAUUGACAUGAGCAACGUGGAAUGUGUCGACCUUCUGGAGGGGGAGACGGACAGGAGGGAGGAGGUACACAAAGGGGGCAGCGAUACCAUGGAAUGGCCCCAAUUGAGCAAAUCGAAGGGUAAGAAAGUAGAAAUGGUGUCUUCAUUUGGUGGUGCUUCCAGCAGUGAAGAACCCGAGAAGGAUUCGCUUCCAGAUUGCUGGAACUACGACUCGGCGGAGGAAUCGGAAAAGUUUAGCUCGUCCGACAGUAGUGACGGUGAUAAGGUGGAAGACCAUUUGGACGGUUAUGGAAGCUUCUACAAGGGGAGGCAUCUCGAGAAGGCGGCCGAAGAGGCGCUUAACAGCCGGAUGAGAAACCCCAAAUGGGGCAACGUAAACCACGGGGCAGAAAAAAAGGGAGGGAAAAAAAUAUGGAUUUUACAGAUCUUCAAAUAUUUUGAUUGCCACUCAUUUCUCUGCUUUGGGAAGGACAAAACGGAAGAGGAGCAUUUUUACGAGAAGAGAAAGAAUUUCAGAAAUUUCUUUUUCCCCGAGAAUUUGAAAAAAUGGAAAAAAAAAAAAAAAAAAGAAAAAUGUGAUCAAGAUUUGUGCAGAUUAGUCUAUACGUUAAAGAAGCGAUUAAUUCAAAGGGGAAAUUUUUUAAGCAUGUAUAAGCAGGCCUUCUUUAUAAAAUGGACUUGUCUUGGUAUCUUUAUUUUGCAAAAGUAUCGGUUAAAAAUGUUUGACAGCUUUGAGGCUUUUCAGUAUAUAUACGAAAGAGUGAACUCCGUGGUGCGUAGAGAAAAUUUGCUUUUUAAAAUUCCAGCCGACGUGAAUUGGGCCGCGCCAUUGGAAGACAGCGAAGACAUUAGGCACCCGUUUCUCAUCUGUCUUUGCCAUAUCAGCCAGCAAUUUGGGGCGCUGCUUCGACGCCACCGUAAGGUGAGCGGUCAGUACGCUGAGACAGAGCAGCGUUCCAUUCGUGACUGCCCAGAAGCAUUUCCAGACGAAGAAGCCAAACGACAACAUGAAGGGGAAGCACUAUUUAACGAGGUGAACAUUUAUUUAAACAAUUUCAUUUUGUCCUUUUAUCCAUAUCUUAUCAAGUCUCGUUUUUCCUAUGACAUAUUUUUGAGGCUCCUCAGAAUUUACCUGAACAUGUAUUUGAUAACGAAGAGGAGAAACGCCCUCUCUGUAAACUCCCCCAUUUAUCUCCUUCUGAUGAUUUUUGUCCACCACACACAUGUGUGCAAGUACGUCAUGUUUUCCUACUUCAUGAGGGUUAAGCAGUAUUUGCAUUCCCCUGAACAAUCGGAGGAGGAUUUGCGCGAAGACUUCCUGCCGCGUGAGGCGUUGCAGGUUUACUUCAGAGAAAGCGUGGAGUUCUUCCUACGCAACUGCACCCAGGAGGACCUCCAAUUUGACGACGUAAAAAUCAGCUGCGACGGAAACGCAAUUUCGCUGUUUUAUCACAUGUUAGUUGGGAAUAUUGUGUAG